AUGAAUAGACUGCUGCGACUUGGAGUCCUUAUCUGGGGGGUCUACGGCGCUACCGGCAAUACUUCUUCGGCGGGCCCAGAGACCACAGCUGCUACUCCAAGUACGACGACUACUACGCAUGCGACACCAAGAACGAGUUCAACGACUUUCUACGAUACUGCUGGACUCUCCUCGAAGCUUGGCAAUGCAACCUGCCCCAGCCGGACCGUGAAUUACAUCACACAUACCCUUCCACGCCAAUGCCUGCGGACUGAUCGCGUGCCCCAUAACGCCACCCAUAUUGCUGCUUCAAACUCCACGGAAACGGUCUCGACGAACGUAGGCACGUACCAGGAUGCUGGGUCAACAACACCCACUGCUCAUAUAGACCCCUCGACUCCAGGCCCUUCCAAUGAGACCUCAUCUGUUGACAUAGAGACCGUGGAUACCGGCGUCUCGACAACUACCACUACGUCGACUGUCACUUCUUCCACAGAGGUCACAAGCACUGCCAAAACAGCUCUCGAACCUUCUGUCGCUGUCGCUGAAGAAGCUGAUUCGCCUCUCGACAACGCAAAUUUUUUGUCGUUCGAGGAAUGGAAGAAGCAGAACUUAGCCAAGACCGGCCAAUCACCUGACGAUGUAGGACACGGUCAACUUGUUGACCCUCAUCGUCCACGCCCUGGCAUCAACAACGCCCUGGACACAUUAGGCGAGGAAAGCGAAAUCAACCUUGACUUUUCAGGCUUUGGAGGAGGUGCACAGAUGUCGAUACCAGAUGGCCCUCAAUCACAUGCUUCGGCACCAGCCAGCGCCCACGAUGGACCGUCUGGAAGCGUAGUCAGUCGCUCCAAGGAUGCAGGCAAGACAUGCAAAGAGCGUACCAACUAUGCUUCUUUCGAUUGUUCCGCCACCGUCUUAAAGUCCAACAAGGAAUGCAAGUCGGCUUCCUCGGUCUUGGUCGAAAACAAGGACAGCUACAUGCUCAACAAAUGCUCAGCAGACAACAAGUUCUUCAUUGUUGAGCUGUGCGAUGACAUUCAGAUUGACACGAUUGUGCUUGCGAAUUAUGAGUUCUUUAGCUCAAGUUUCCGCCACUUCCGGGUGUCCGUUUCCGAUCGCUAUCCAGUCAAGAUGGACAAGUGGAAAGACCUGGGUACAUUUGAAGCCAUGAACGUCCGCGAUAUCCAGGCGUUCCUCAUCGAGAACCCGCUGAUCUGGGCAAAAUAUCUCCGGAUCGAAUUCCUGACGCACUACGGUACGGAGUACUAUUGCCCGGUGAGCUUGCUUCGGGUCCAUGGCACAACCAUGAUCGAAGACUAUCGGCAUGCAGAGGACCUUGCACGAGGCGAGAACGAGGAAGAAAUUGCUCUCGAGCCGGACGUUUCAGCCGUGCCGCCGGUAGCAGAAGGCUCUGGAGAGACUACGGACCACAGCGCUGGACAACCUAUAUCAACCGUAAAUGAGCCAAUGACUAACGAUCUGAAGGAGCAAACGGCCCCGACAGCGACAAUAUCAAGCGCUGUGGAAGAACUGAGCCCGGAAGAGACAAAUGCAUCGAGUAACUCAACUGGCUUGACGUUUGACGGCUCCGCACCACCGAUGCAAGUCGGAGUCCAUGAGCUCCCGAACUCAAACAUGACAUGCCGAAGUUCUACUGUCACUUCAGAGGCACAUUUAUUCACUACACCAUGCGAAAGCAGCGCAGCAUCCCAUGUUGGGGAUGCUGCAGUUGACAGCAGCGUUUUAAAUGGCAUACCCGCAAACUCGACAUCGGCGCCCGCAAGCCGGUCCAACAACUCGGAAUCAGGAAUCCCAGCAGCCGUGACCAACACAACCACUGCAGAAAACCCUGCUCAAAGCCAAAACGAGACACAAACAAAUCUUAGUACUUCUUUGGGGAGUGGUGAGAACAGCACGUCCCUUGGGACAGUCACUACGAUGGGCGAGAACGCCAACUCGACCAGCGUCAACACGCCGACGAUAAACACAGCGCGUGCAACUGCGUCACCCUCCAUGGGAUCGCAGCCACCUCAGCCGUCCUCACAGGAGUCCUUUUUCAAAUCGUUCGCCAAGCGCUUGACUCAGCUCGAGAGCAACAGCACACUGAGUCUGCAAUAUAUCGAAGAGCAGUCACGCAUACUCCGAGAUGCGUUCAGCAAGGUGGAGAAGCGGCAGCUUUCCACCACAUCCAACUUCCUCUCGCAACUCAACGGAACUGUGAUGGCAGAGCUACAUGGGUUUCGGCAAGCUUAUGACCAGCUUUGGCAGAGUACGGUCAUCGAGUUAGAAGCACAGCGCGAGGCAUACCAACGAGAGAUGCUUGCUCUCAGCGCCCGGCUGACUUUGGUGGCGGAUGAACUUGUUUGGCAAAAGCGACUCGGCAUGGUGCAGUCGACUCUGCUAUUGCUGUGCCUGGCGCUAGUCUUGUUUGGACGAGGAGGUGGCGGAUACAUGGAGAUGCCACUGAUGCAGCAGAUGAUGAAUCGUUCGACUGCAGCUCUACGAAGCGGCUGGGAGUCACCACCUAACAGUCCAUCGCCAGACAGCAGAAGUCCCGUCAGUCUCUUCAGGAGAAAGCUCUGGCGUUCAAAGACUGAGCCUGUCGCCGGUGCGCACACAUUGACGGACUCGGAAGUAAGCCGACCGCAGAGCAAAGAGGGACCAGCGUUUCUGGUCGAGCCGCCUUCGCCUGCAUUGCGUGGGCCACAGAGCGAUUGUGAUGAUGAACGCGAUGAAGACAGCUCGCCGGAUAUGAGUAGGAAGGAACCUUCGGGUGAUGCCAUGCACGUUCAGAGUACAGUCAGCCCGAAGAAGAAUCGUAAAAAGCCCAAGAAGCCAGCAAACUGGCCGAUAGGGAAUGGCGGCGGUCCAAAUGAAAGGCCGAAGAGUCCUCUUGCUUCGUAG